AAUAAUAAUAAUAAUAAUAAUAAUAAUAAUAAUAAUAAUAAUAAUAAUAAUAAUAAUAAUAAUAAUAAUAAUAAUAAUAAUAAUAAUAAUAAUAAUAAUAAUAAUAAUAAUAAUAAUAAUAAUAAUAAUAAUAAUAAUAAUAAUAAUAAUAAUAAUAAUAAUAAUAAUAAUAAUAAUAAUAAUAAUAAUAAUAAUAAUAAUAAUAAUAAUAAUAAUAAUAAUAAUAAUAAUAAUAAUAAUAAUAAUAAUAAUAAUAAUAAUAAUAAUAAUAAUAAUAAUAAUAAUAAUAAUAAUAAUAAUAAUAAUAAUAAUAAUAAUAAUAAUAAUAAUAAUAAUAAUAAUAAUAAUAAUAAUAAUAAUAAUAAUAAUAAUAAUAAUAAUAAUAAUAAUAAUAAUAAUAAUAAUAAUAAUAAUAAUAAUAAUAAUAAUAAUAAUAAUAAUAAUAAUAAUAAUAAUAAUAAUAAUAAUAAUAAUAAUAAUAAUAAUAAUAAUAAUAAUAAUAAUAAUAAUAAUAAUAAUAAUAAUAAUAAUAAUAAUAAUAAUAAUAAUAAUAAUAAUAAUAAUAAUAAUAAUAAUAAUAAU